AUGGAAGGAGAGCCAAAGAAAAUUAAAGAAAAUCCCAUAACAGGAUGCCAAAAAGAAAUUAUGGUGGAAUAUAUUGGCAGCAAAAAAGAAAUGUAUACUGGCAAAUUAAUGGCCACUUAUACGAAAGAAAAAAUGAUAGCCAAUUGGAAAGAGCUAUCGAACUUAUUAAAUUGUGUUCCUGGAGACAUGGGUGGAUUUAAAAAAAACCAAAAGGCUAAGUUUGCUGGCCAAAAAAAGCAUUCAGAAGGCACAGGAGGUGGACCACCGAUACAUUGCAGUUCCACUAAUGGUCUUGAGGCAAAAUUAUUGCAAAUAAUAACUCCUGUGGCCAUAAGUGGGAAUGAAAUUAUUACGGAAUCCGCCACAUUUUUUACAAUGCCAGAUGUAGCAAGUACAUCUUUAGAUGUAACUAACAUUUUAAUUUGUAAAGAAAUGGUGAAUUUGAAAAAAAAUUAUAAGAAACAAAAAUUAGAAAUAUUAACUAGGAAUUCAGAAAAUAAGGAAAAUUUUUAUAGAAACCAAAUUGCAGCAUUUAAUGUAAUUGGAAAUGCUGCAACAAAUAUUGCCUCUGCGCUAAUGCAGAUUGCUGAAAAUGUAGCAAUCAUUAAAGAUCGUCUAACUACAUAA